GCAAUUUUUUACUCUUGUUUACCUCCAUAAUUAUGGCAUAAAACACGCCCUAAAUCACAUUAAAUGGCUUCAAGCAAGACUAUGGAGUGAUAUUGCUAUCGACUGCAACCUAAUCAAGUGAGAAAUGAAGAGGGCACAGCCAUACUACAACAAAGGUCUUAAAGGCAAGAGACUGUACACUGGAACAGUAAGAGAUACGAAUUCACCAACUGGGAAAGUCAAAUUGAAGAGCAUCAACAGUGUAAAAGAUGCUGCGAAAAAAGUGCUACCUCAGAAAAAAGUCUUACCAGAUAUCAGCAGAGAUGAAGAUGCCUUGAUUGGAUGCCUUGACAAUGUCCCUGAACCAACUCUAUCCAACGUCAGGAUAUUCUUAAGCUCGACUUUUACAGAUUUUAAGACAGAACGCAAUGCUCUCUCAACUGAUGCUUACCCAAAGCUGAAGCAAUUCUGUGCAGAACUUGGCCUUGAUUUCCAGAUUGUUGACAUGCGGUGGGGUGUAACAGAUGAUGCCAUCAGUGACCAUCUGACUGAGAAGUUGUGCAUUCGGGAGAUAACAAACUGCCAGAGGCUUUCCUAUGGUCCAAACUUUGUUUUGUUGCUGGGAAAUCGCUAUGGUUAUCAACCAAUUCCGAGUUGUAUCAAAGAGAAGGAGUUUGAACUCCUUAAAGAGACAGCUGAGAAGAUGUCAUUGAGUGACCUUCACCUUCUUGACGAGUGGUUCACCAAGGACAGGAAUGCUGUGCCCAUAUCCUAUGUAUUGACACCCAUUAAGUUGAAACUUCCUCACUAUGGUGACACAAACCCUGAACAUGAGAAACAGAGGACAGAGGCAAAGGCAGUCUGGUGGGACAUCGAGAGUAAACUUCAAAAGAUCUUACAGAGUGCAGCUGUUGAAGCCUAUAAUACCGGCCAGUUUACUGCCGAUCACAAACACUUGUACAUUAGAUCAGUGACAGAAAGUGAGGCAAGUCAUGGCAUCCUCAACACAACUUUCCCGAAAGAGUCUUCUUUAUGCUACAUGAGAGACCUGAAUGGAGUUGAUGAGGAUCUUGAGAACAACUUAGCAAGGAGACACACAGAUGCUGAGGGUAUUGAUGGGAAGCACUGUCUGAAAACUGAAGCACAAGAACUGCUUGAGAAUUUGAAAACCAAUGGGAUGCAAUCAAAGCUACCUGAUAAAAACAUCAGAAAGUUUGCACUGAACUGGGAAGCUGGUGGCAUUGAUCCCGAGAAACACGAAGAGCAUGAAAAAUACAUUAAUGAUUUCUGCAGUGGAUUUGUUGAGGACAUCCGUUGGUUGGUUCUAGAAUAUAAGCGUAAGCUAGAAAAGAAGGCUGCAAAGUAUGGGAAGACCCUUGGACCACUCCUUAGUGAGGUGCACCAUCAUCUCAGAUUCUGUAAUAUGAAAUGUGAAAUAUUUUACGGCCGGGAAGAUGAGAUUAAAGUCGUGCAGAUGUAUUUGCAGAAUGAGACAUCUUCCAAUAAGAAGCCGUUUGUCUUGUACGCACCAUCUGGCUCGGGGAAAACUGCCCUGAUGGCCAUGCUGGCUAAGAGGACCAAGGAGUGGUUGGGGAAGGAGAGUGUUGUUAUGAUACGGUUCCUUGGGACGUCUGCUGAUAGCUCAACUGUGAUCAAAACAUUAGCCAGCUUGUGUCAACAAAUCUGUGUUGUAUACAACAUCAAGUUUGAACCAGACAAGACACAUCAGAUUGGUCACGUGACAAAGUACUUCCAUCACCUUUUAAUGAUCGUGCAACUAAAAGGUGGAAAGCAACGCCCUCUUGUGAUCUUCCUUGACUCGUUGGAUCAGUUGAACCCAAGUGAUCAUGCACACAAUAUGAUGUGGCUGCCGAAACGCUGUCCAAGGAGUGUCCAUAUUAUUACCUCAACAUUGCCAGAUCUCUACGAGUGUCUUCCCAAUCUUCAGAAACAUCUUGGAGCGGAUGCAACCACCUACCUCCAACUUCAGCCCCUUUCUGUGGAUAUUGGAAACGAUAUCAUUGAGAGUUACUUGAGUAAGAAAAACAGAACUGUCAAUAAGAAGCAGCAUAUGUUCAUCAUAGAUGCAUUUAUGAAAUUCUCUAGUCCAUUGUUCCUCAAGCUCCUCCUCGAUGAGGCAUGCACAUGGAAGUCACACGUAACUGUCCAAAACAUCAAAUUGGCAAGGUCUGUGAAGGAGGCCAUUCUGAAUCUUUUUGAGAAGUUGGAAGACAGAUAUGGAAAAACAUUCAUCCGAUUUGCAUUGGGUUAUUUCACUGUUGGUCGGAAUGGAUUGAGCGAUAUUGAGCUCGAGGAUGUUCUGUCAUGCAAUGACGAGGUUCUGAAUGAUGUCUACCAUUACCAUGAUCCCCCAGUGGAAGGUAUUGUGAGAAUACCAACGCUUCUCUGGUCUCGUGUUCGGAAUGAUAUUGGCGAUUACACAGUUGAGCGGCAAACUGAUGGUAAGACAACGUCGUACUGGUAUCACCGCCAGUUCAUUGAAGCUGCAGAAGAGAGGUAUGCCAGUGGAGAUCAAGCAAAAAGAUUGCAUGCGGACCUGGCCAAGAUAUACCUAGCAGAAGAUGGGAUCAAGGAGACAAUCAACUUGACGAAACGGAAACUGGUUGUCGAGGAUGCAGACAGACAAGUUGCCAGGCAGCCCUUGUCCCCAGCUAAUGUCCGCAUGAUCCACUCACUGACUUAUCAUCUGAUUUGUGCCAGUGACUUGAAUGGUCUCAAAAAAGGUGCAUUCUGUCAUCUGCCGUACCUCCAAUGUUUUAUCGGGGCCAACUCAGUCCAAGAUUUGGUUCAGACGAUAUCAGACGCUUUGCAAGAUAACAAAGAUGAAGAGCUCCUGGUUGUUCGAGACUGCUUCAGAUUCAAUGACAGGACUAUCACCAAUGACUUGUCUGCGAUGCCGGUCCAGAUUUGGGGCCAGCUUGGUUCUUUUGGCGCUGAGUAUCCUCACAUUCAAAGCCUCUGCGAGCAGUGCCAUGAAUGGAUGGAACGAUACGAGAAGCCUAUGUUUCAACCAGUGUUCCCUUGCCUGCCUUCCUCAACUGGAGAGCUGAAAAGUUAUAUUGAGGGUGUGACACGUUUUCUGGAGACAAGUGUUGAUGGCACGAUAAUGGUGGUGGAGUUCUGGGAUGAUGGUGACAAAAUACCUGUGUGUAAAGUCAUCAGUAUGGAGACGUUUUCAGUCAUCAGUAAGCUUGCCAAGUUUGAACCAGAGAAGGGGAAGGUUGUGAAUGCUUGCAAAAUCUCGCCAGACAAGACGAGAGUCUUCCUCCUCACAAAUACAAGGCUCCACGUUUACGAUCUCCAGACUGGUUCAGAGGUGUAUGAGAGUGGCAUCAAUAUCAACAACAACGGUCUGCUGAACUUGUGUAUUGAUGUCUCAGAAGACAGCAAAACCAUCAUAAUUGCUGGGAAAGAACGACUUAGUCUCAACUUUGACGUUGGCAAGUCUGCCAGUCGACCAGAUUUUGACCUUGGUGACCACAGGACGGUCAAGUUUCCAAACUCUGUAUCGACCUUGGAUGUGCGCCUUGCAUCAGAUCUUGAAGUGUUCUCCUCUAUCCAUACUGUUGAUGACAAGGGGAAAAAAAUAGGGGCCAUCGUCUGCUGGGAUCUUAAACGCAAACUUCAGAAAUCAGCUCACACAACGCAAAGUCCAAUAGAUAAGAAACUGAUCAUUUUCACCAGCACGGAAACUCUCAUGUUUGCAACAGAAAAUGGUCAGAUCGGUUGCUUCAGUCUGAAAACCAUGAAGUUGAAGAUGGCUAAUCUCAUCUCUACUGAACUGCCACGAGUUGUCGGUUUCAGUUACAAUGAGGAUAGUGGCUUGCUGACUUAUUGCACAAAUGACAACAUUCUAGCGUUAUGGAACCCGUCGACUAACGAACUUCUCAGUAAACUUAUCAUAGAUAAAGUUCACACAAUGUCGUCCAUUGUUUGGUUAGAUGACAAGAACCAUUGCAUCACAGGUGACACCAAGGGUCACAUGAAGCUGUGGGACCUGACAACUGGUGAGGAGUUGUACUGCAAACUGGCACAUGGUCGAUGUCUCACUCGGCUUCUGUCUUCAAUCAAUGGAACAUACAUCAUCAGCAGUGGGGAAGACAAUGCAGUCAAACUAUGGGAUUGGGAGUCCAUAUUGUCAGAAUUGCAAGGAGACAACAAAACGGAUGGAGGAACUGAGCCGAGUUAUGACCGAAUGCAGUUACUUCGCGAGAAUCCAGAGUGGUUGGAUCUUACAAGUGACGGCAAACUUCUAGUCACUAGUCCAGUAGAUGCACCACCAAAGAUAUGGGACAUAGAGACAGGAAACAUAGUGAGAGGAUUACAGACUGACUCUGGCUGUAAGAAUAUUGCCUUUUGUCAAGGUGACCAAGUGGUCAUGGGGAUAAAUUGUGUGAGUAAGCGCUUGGCAUUCUGGGAGAAAGACACUGGUGACCUCAUCACAAUUCGCGCCGACUUCAUAAAGAGUCGUGACAGUGUGGACUUCACUCUCUCAAAGAACAAAUCGUGGUUUGCGAACUUGUAUGUGUUUGAAGGAGGACUGAAAGUUGCGACGUUUGACUUGGCAGCGAGAGCGGUGCUGAGCCAGUUCCCAAUAGAGAGCUUCUACAAGACUUUACACUCCCUCAAGCUUGACAGUACUGAACGAUUCUUGGUAUUUCUUUAUAAUAGCCAAACAUCUAGCUCCCAAUGCCAAAAGCACCACCUCAAAGCAGUGCAACUGGAUGUUGAAAAACCUGGCGAAGAACUACUUGUUUGCAAAAAUGAGUAUGAAAAAUCCAUGUCAAGUGCAAAUUCAAAAGUUCAGUGUUACAGUUUGAGCUGUUACAAUGCCAACGCUAUGGUCCUUGGUUGUUAUGGCGUCUGUCCAAUGUGGAAUAUCAAAAAGCAGACCGCUGAUAUGCUGAGACUCCCCUAUAAUCAUCAGUGGCUAAAGCACUCUGUUGCCAACUACUUCAGUAAGAGGAUAACAGAUAAAAACUCUUCCAAAGUUACCUCGACGAUGGAUAAGAGUCCAGUGUUGGCGAUUGCUGUCUCAAGAUGUGGGAAAUUUGUGGUGACGGGUGCGAAUGAUGGAUCGGUGAUCAUGUGGCUGACAACAUUGGCAGAGGCUGGACAAGAGGGCGGCACAAAGAAGUACCUCUGGGGACAUACUGCAGGGGUUACUUGCCUCUCUCUUUGCAAGGAUGCAAAGCUCCUUGUCACUGGAUCCAAGGACGCCACAAUAAAACUGUGGAAAACAACAGAUUAUGCCAAGGAAAUUGCCUCCAUUAUGAUCUACAUGACACCAAGUAUGAUACGAUUCUCCGACGAUGAUAAACAUGUUGUCGCUGUUGGAAAGAUCCUGGACAAUCGACAAGUACUGCUGUUUGAGAUGAGAAACAGUGAAGUUAAAGGUAGUAUCCUUCCCGAGAAAAGGGAGUGAACACAACCAUGAAGUCAUUCAGCAACCUCCCAUGGUUGGGACAACUGCUUGGCUGUACAAAGGUUGCUGACGGGGGGGGG